UGCAGGCGCUAUAAACUUAUAGCGAUGCUGAGUGUUUCACAGAGAUUGAAAAAUGUUUUUUGCGGCGUAACGUCAAAUAGGUGUUUUAGCAUCCGAGAGUUUUGUGCGCGAGUGAAUGAACAGUUAGAUAAUAUUUUUUUCGUUUCCGUAUUUUUCACGCAGGUUUUAUGCAUCUUUGUAUCAGGCAACAUUCGUUAACGAUAUACUGACUGCUGUCAGAUCGAAACAAGCAAAACCACUAUUUUGUUCCGUAAAACUCGUCCUUUCACUUGAGAAUGUGUAAGAUAUAUAGGCCACUGCGUAAUAUUCAUCAAAUGCGAAUUUCUCAACCCUGCGUUAACGAAGCGGUGUAACCUCCAAAACUAUUUGACUCUCGAGAUACAUACAUGUAACUAUGAAUACAACAUUGGGCUCUGUAAAUAGUGGUGAUAAACGUUUGCUGGAAACAACUGUGCAAACUGUAGCGCAAAAUUUAACUACAAUGCAGAAUGUACCAAAUGUACAGAAUGUACAAAGUGUGGUUCAGAGCAGUAUUCAAAGUAUUCAAUCGACACAGACUAUUGUUGGAUCAGUAGGAACUUCCAGUCUUGUUGGCAAGUCAGUGUCAUUAGACAUGAACCCCAAGUUAUCCUUAAUGAAACCUGUAGUGCCAUCUGGUACUACAUCAUCUACGGACACCAGUAAAAUAACUACGUUAUGUCCUGUAGGAUCUACAGUAAGAAUCAUACCGCCAGGAAUGCUAAACACUGUAGAAAGGCAAAACCAAUCACAAUCUCAACAAUUAACGCAACAAAUCAGUAUGCCUGCCACAUAUCACGUACCAAGGGGACCUGCAGCGGUCGCUAAUAUCUCUGCACCCAGAUCAACAGUUGCUACUCCGAUCGUCAGAGCGAACACGGGACAGACCGUGCCCACUACUAGAUCGUGUAACACGACAAUUUCUAAUCCUCAAUGGCAACCGAAAACAACAUCCGUCGUGUACGCGCAACCACAAAGACAUCCUACAACUCCUUCGGUCAACAGAAUGUCCAGGCCAUCAUCCGUGUAUACAGGACAACAACCACGACUAAUUACACCGAGCAGUCAAGGCAGAUCCGUUCAAGCCACCAUUACUGGUAGUCCGUCCAGAUUAGUAUCGCCCAUUCUGCAAACAAACAAUAGCAUUACCACCAGACUUCCGCUUGCACAAAGCAGACCACCGACGCCCCAAGUGGUAACGGUGACACAGACUUCGCAACUUGGAAGAUCAUCGGCACAGACCAUUCAACCAACCAGUCAGUCCAGCAGACCUCUAACUACGACAGGUGCCGCGAAACGUGUAGCUGUAUCUGCUUCUGUUGUAGAAACAACAAACAGAAUAAGUAGUACAUCUGCAGUUACGGUCGAACCCACGGUAGGUCGACAAUUGUCAAUUAACACAGUGGCCGGGCCGUCGACCGGCACUGUUAGCCACAUUGUUAUACCUUCACAACAGGUUCAACAGCAACAAGGUGCGUCUCGUGUUGUUCAAACUGUCACAUCCUUGUCGAAUCUCAGCACCGUGUCGCAAGUGAUCACCACAACCGCGAACACGUCGAACGCGACGCGCAUAUUGCAAACAGUCCCGACUACGGUCGCAAGGAUCACUGGUAUGUCUUUGCAUCCUUUGCCGCUGGUACCGGUGAGAGCCACAACAGCACCAGUCAAGGCCGCACAGUCCCAAAAUAUUGGACAAACUGUGCAGAUUAAGUCGCCGCAACAAGCUAGCUUACGCGUGUCAACUACUGGUACAAACAACAGCACAGUUACCACUAGUGCUCAGCCAGUUCAGGGACAAUAUAUACAUCCACCACAUACUACUACAUACUAUUCUUUUGACAACUACCAUUCACCAUAUCGACAAACCCCGACAGUACAACCAGUAAGGUUGUUAGUUGAACCGGGAUAUGAGGAACCACACAGUAAACCUAACGCAUCUCCCAGACCAAGUAUCUUGAGAAAGAGAGAUCAUGAUAAUUCACCAAUCAAAGGUGCAGCUAAAAAUCUAGUUCCUCUAUUAGCGUCAUUACCAUCGAGUAGAUCGACUUCUAGUCCACCGUGUUCUCCGAGAGGAGAUCAGGAUGGUGGCGGUUGUCCAAGUUCAGGGUCCACAACUGUAUCUGCGACGUCCUCACCGGGUCUUGACGAAGAACUGGAACAAUCUAGAAUUACGAUUAAUCCUGCUGGAGAAAUGUCACCGAGGAAGAAACCUCGCAAACAACAACUCACGGGCGUAGAAUUAACCGAACCGAGAUGUACAGAAGUGGUAAUGGAAUUUUUCACCGAACAAAAAGCAAAGAGAGAAAUAAAAGAAGAAUUGAAAGAAAAGUCGCCUGACAAGAAACAUACUCCCAAUGUGCAUAGAGACAUUAAAUCACCUACUCAACAAGCAGAAGUUACAAUACGGUUGCGGCCUAUGCCAAGUUUGUUAGGAGGUUUUUGGAAAAAUAAGUAUGGAAAUAGUAGGCUACAUCAUUACAGAAGACCGAGUGAUGUUCGACCACGUGAAGAGAGAAGACCUACAGUUGCCGAACUGGCACAACAGAAGCAUGUAUUACAAAAACUUAAUGGAUGGAAAGUUUAUCAUCUCUCUGCGCAAAUGGAAGAGUUUGCAGAGCUUGAGAAACAAGCACACGAAAAAUUAAAAAUGACGCUAAUGCUACUCGAAUCGCAGCAAACUUCUAAAAGCAGACAUAUUGAUGGGCUCGAACGUGUAAAUGACUUGAUUAAAGGGAAUUUGCAACGCAGUACUUUAAUCAGUGAGGGCAUGAAUGAAGCACGUUUGCAACUCAACGCUAUAUUUCAACACAAACAACCCAUUACUGAGAUUUUACAACGUUGCGGUAACAAACGGGCCCAGAAGAAGAGGGAUAAGUGAGCUAUUGUGCAAAACAAAUACAAGUAGGAUAUAUGCAGAUAACAUUUAUUAACACGUUCUGUACUGCGUAGGUGAUAGAUGAUCCAUGUUACCAAACCUAUACAUAUGUUUAUAAAGUUAUUAUAUGCGUUUAUAAGGAUAUGUCUUAUAAUACUUACAAAAUUAUAUAAAAAUUUUGAUUAUUAAGAAAAAAGAAGGUACAAAUUGUAUUAUAAAGCGAAACAAAUAUUUUUAUGUUAACAACUUAAAUAGCGUGCGUGGAAAGUCGAUGUAAAAUUAACGCGGUAUGGAAUGUGUUAAAGGCAAAUUGACGAAGGAAGACUUUAUUUUUAUCUGUGUCACAGAAUCUAUAUAAGAAUA